AUGCAGCUUCCUUCGUUCGCACAGUUGGCCAUCACUGGCUUGCUGGCCACCUCGACGGUGUCUGGUCUCCAGAUGCCCGGUGAGGCUGCCAGACGCGCUGCUGGUGCCAUUGCCAUUCUGGCCGUCCCCGUUGCUGGUACACCCGUUUCCCCUCUGGCCCUCCGCAACGACGACGAGAUCGAGAAGCACCGCAAGAAGCACCACAAGCAGCACCAUGAGCGCCCCCGCCGCCGCCAGUGGGGCUGGGGUGGAGGCUGGGGUGACGAUGAUGAUGGCGACGACGAUGGUGAUGAGCCUGCGCCGGUCCCCACGCCUGGCAAGGGUAAGGGCUCGGGCAAGGGUAAGGGCGCGCCCACCGGUGCCGUCCCUCCCGUCAAGACGACCACCGCUAAGCCGGUUGGCCACACUCCCACUCCCCUUCCUGCUCCUCCCAAGUCUCAGCCUGCUCCCGCUCCGAGCAAGUCGGAGCCUGCGCCGGCCCCUGGCAAGUCUCAGCCAGCGCCCGCUCCGAGCAAGUCUGAGCCGGCCCCUGCUCCGAGCAAGUCUCAACCCGCUCCGGCUCCUAGCAAGUCCCAGCCUGCUCCGGCCCUAGCAAGUCCCAGCCUGCUCCCGCUCCGAGCAAGUCUCAACCCGCUCCGGCCCCUAGCAAAGCCUACCCCCACCGGAAAGGACAAGGGCAAGCCGGCGCCCACUUCCACGAGCCCACCCCACGAGACCGCCACGCACCCGAUUCCCCCGGUCGUCACAGCUCCGCACAAGAAGCCAACCCACACUGUGACGGUGACGGUGAAGCCCACGACCACAUCCAAGGCCACGCCGCCGCCGCCUCCCGAGCCGACUGUGACUGUGACCGUCACUGAGGGCGAGGGCAAGGGCAAGGGUAAGGGCACGGUCACCCCGCACCCGUUCCCGACACCUGUCGGACCUCCCAUCUUCCCCGGUUUCGGCGACGACGACGACGACUGA